AUGCCUGCACCAGUUAGUGAUAAGGUCAAGAUCUGUAUAGAUCGAGGAGGUACUUUCUGUGAUGUGAUCGCAAUGAGUGAGACGAAAGGAGAUCACUUGGUCAAGCUUCUGAGUGUGGAUCCAGAUAAUUACCCUGAUGCUCCUGCAGAAGGUGUACGAAGAGUAUUGGAAUGGUUCACUGGGGAGAAGAUUCCAAGGAAUCAGCCUAUAGAUACUGAGAAGAUAGAAUUUCUUCGAAUGGGUACUACUGUAGCUACCAAUGCUCUUUUAGAACGAAAGGGAGAACGAUGUGCAUUGUUGAUCAACAAAGGUCACGCAGAUGCUUUGGAGAUCGCCUUCCAGACCCGUCCGUUCCUCUUCCAGCUUGCUGUCAAGAAGCCUGAAGUCCUAUAUUCGAAAGUCGUGGAGAUCGACGAGAGGAUAAUACCUGAAUGGUACGAAUUUGUAGAAGAAGGAAAGACUGUAUCGGAGAACGGUGAAAGACUUAUCAAGACAAGUAGUGGAGUGACUGUCAGGGAGCUCAAGCCAUUGAAUGUUGAGGAGGUCACCGCUUCUCUCAGAGGCUUGUAUGACGAGGGAUAUCGAUCCAUCGCCAUUGUACUCGCCCACUCAUACCUCUGGGCAGAGGACGAGCAGAGAAUCGCCAAAAUCGCCGAAGAAAUGGGUUUCGAAAAUGUCAGUGUGUCUGCGGAGAUCGAAGCCAAGAUCGGUUUCAUCGCCAGAGGUCAAUCUGCAACUGCCGAUGCGUACUUGACACCAGAAGUCAAGCGAUACCUGAAUGGUUUCGCCAAAGGAUUCAAGGGAAAAUUAGAAGAUUCGAAAUGUAGAGUCUCCUUCAUGCAAUCUGACGGUGCUUUAGCGGAUUUCAAGAAGUUCUCCGGUCUCAGAGCUAUUCUCUCCGGUCCUGCUGGAGGUGUUGUGGGCUUUGCCAAGACUUCUUACGACCCAUUAGACGGAUCUCCAGUAGUUGGUUUCGACAUGGGUGGUACAUCUACCGAUGUAUCUCGAUUCAGCGGGACAUACGAGCAUGUGUUCGAGACUACGACUGCCGGUAUAUCCAUUCAGGUCCCUCAAUUGGAUAUCAACACCGUCGCUGCCGGUGGUGGAUCUAUUCUCACCUACUCUAACCAAAUCUUCAACGUUGGUCCCGCUUCGGCUGGUGCUCAUCCUGGUCCCGCCUGUUACCGAAAAGGGGGACCUUUGACCGUCACCGAUGCGAACUUGUUCUUGGGGAGACUUCACAUUGAUUCCUUCCCUAAAAUCUUUGGUCCGACUGAAAACAUGCCCCUCGAUUACGAGAUCGUCAAAGAGAAAUUCCAAGCUCUCACCGAUCAGAUCAACAAGGAAAACAACUCCAACUUAACUCCCGCCGAAGUCGCUUCUGGAUUUAUCAAUGUUGCCAACUCUUCGAUGGCCCGGCCUAUUCGAGCAUUGACUGAACAGCGUGGUUUCAGGACCAGUGCCCAUAACCUGUCCUGUUUCGGUGGCGCAGGUGGCCAACAUGCGACUGCGCUCGCUGCCUUGUUGGGCAUGCAUAAUGUCAUAGUACAUAAGUACUCUUCCAUCUUGUCCGCCUAUGGCAUGGCUCUCGCAGAUGUGGCUGUCGACGUUUCGGAGCCUUUCGUUCAAGAAUUCUCAAAGGAAUAUCUGCCAGCCAUUGACGAGCGAUUUGAGGGUCUCAAAGCUCGAGCCCUUCAGAAACUCAUCGAUCAAGGGGAAUCAUCUGAUUCAAUCGUAUACGACAGUUACCUCAACAUGCAAUACCAAGGUUCCGAUACCACCCUGAUGAUUGCCAAACCUCAAGAUGGCGAUUUCGCCAAAGCUUUCGUCGAGGAGCAUCGACGAGAAUUCGCUUUCGUUUUGGACGCUCCCAUCAUGGUAGCUGCUGUCAGAGUUCGAGCUACUGCGAAAGCUCUUUCUGACAAUCUCAGUGAGACUUCCCCUUACGUCGAAGAGCUCAGACAACUCGAAUCGAGUGAGAUUUCUGUACCUGAGCCUCAACCUUUCACUACCAACUCGGUAUACUUUGAGGAGUUGGGUAAAUUCACCGACAUUCCUCUUUUCAGACUCCAAGAUCUCAGACCUGGUAUGAAGGUUUCCGGUCCCGCCAUCAUUUUAGAUAAGACUCAAACCAUUGUCCUUCAUCCUCAAAACACCGCUAGGAUACUGAAGUCACACGUCUACAUCGAUGUCGGCUUGGGUCCCAAGAAGGAGAUCGACCUGAACUCGGUUGACCCUAUUCAAUUGUCCAUUUUCAAUCAUCGAUUUGCCAGUGUAGCGGAGAUGAUGUGUCGAGCUUUACAAAAGACUGCUGUCUCCGUAUCCAUCAAGGAACGACUUGACUUCUCUUGUGCCCUCUUCGACCCCAACGGAGAGCUCGUAGCCAAUGCGCCUAACGUGCCUGCCCAUCUUGGAUCCAUGCAGUAUGCCGUCAUCUAUCAGGCCAACAGAAGAAAGGGACAACUUCGUCCUGGAGACUUCCUGUUGUCCAACGAACAUACUGCAGGUGGUGGUCAUAGACCCGAUAUCACUGUAAUCCAACCCGUUUUCGAUGAAGCUGGAAAAGAGAUCGUAUUCUGGGUGGCUGCUAGAGGACACCACACCGAUAUUGGUGGAUUGGAAGGAAACUCCCACCACCCCAACCAGAUUGACAGUAUGGAAGAGGGUGUACGAUUCGAGUCUACUUUUAUCGUUAGAGAUGGUGUAUUCAACGAGAAAGAGGUAGUCGACGCUUUCAUGGCGGCUGGUGAUUACCCUAACUGUAAACCCACCAAGCGAAUCGACCAUAAUUUAUCUGAUCUCAAGGCUCAAGUCUCUGCUUGUGCUGUUGGAACCGCUCAACUUCAUGCUCUUUUCGAAGAGUAUGGUAAAGAUGUCGUGCACUUCUACAUGAGGGCUAUCCGAAAGAACGCCGAGGCAUGUACUCGAGAUGCUCUCCGACCAUACGCCGGUAAGACCUACGAAGCUACCGAUUACUUCGAUGAUGGUACAGUUGUGAAAGUCAAGAUCGACGUUAAUGAAGAUGGAAGUGCGACAUUCGAUUUCACAGGUACAGGACCAGAGGUACUUGCCAAUUUCAAUGCUCCUCCAGCUAUAACCCGAUCGGGUAUCUUGUACUGUCUUCGAACUAUGUCCGGUACCGAUAUCCCUAUGAACGCUGGUGUAUUGGCUCCUCUCAACAUCAUCAUUCCUGAAGAAUCCGUCCUGUCUGCUGGAGAAGAUGCAGCUGUUUCACAAGGUAAUGGUGAAGUUGCUCAGAGAGUGGCAGACAUCGUAUUCACCGCUUUCAACGUCAUGUCCGGUUCGCAUGGGUCCAUGAACGGUACUCAUUUGAUGUACAAGAAAUAUACUUGGGCCGAGACAACUUGCGGAGGUGCUUCAGCUGGACCUACAUGGGACGGUCAAUCUGCUGUUCACACUAACAUGACCAAUACCAAGAUUGGAGAUCUUGAAUUGCUCGAAAGUCGAUUCCCAGCUAUAUUGCGAGAAUUCAGUAUAAGACGAGGUACAGGUGGUGCAGGUCAACAUCGAGGAGGUGACGGUAUCAUCCGUAUCUACGAGGCUAGGGUCGAUAUGGAUGCAAGUCACGAUGGUCAACGAAGAGUCAUUGCUCCCCAUGGAUCAGAGGGAGGUGAAGAUGGUAUCAGAGGUGCCUCGUAUCUCAGAAAGAGGAAGAGAAAUGGCGGAUUCAGGACAGUCAAACUUAAGCCUGCUCAUCAAAUUUCAAUGUUGGCUGGCGAACAGCUUAUCGUACAUACUGCUGGUGCUGGUGGGUGGGGCGUACCCCCAGGCAAAGAGAAACAGAAUGGCGCUCAAGGUCCAUAUGUUGUCUCUAAGCCUGGGAGUCAACCGCCUCCUUUCACCCGGGCUAAUGGAAGUGUCUCGCAAUGGAAUCAAACGCAAGCUGAGUGCGAUUGA